AUGCAAUCUUUGAGACGUCGUGGAUCUUUGAUUUUCAGACCAAAAGCAUCGUAUGAGCAGCUCAGGUCAGAUAUCGGAGUACAAUUUCACACCAAACGCAAAGAAGAGGAAAAGCUCGAUGGCUUGUUCGUCACAAAGAGGAACUCGCAGAUAAACAUGGAUACAAACAUGAACAAUACAAACAUGAACACAAAUACACACAUGAGGGAAAGAGUCUACAACGACAUAUUCGACGGUCAGACGCGUCCAUACUCGACGUACAGAACCCACCAACCAAACAACUCUUUCGAUGACAGCAGCUACACCAACACAAACUCUGUCAAAUCAUACAAAUAUGACUCUGUCAAACGGAAACGCCAACAUUUCAUCCACUGGGUCUCGUCAAUCUUUUGA